UCGAAUGCAAAAGAUGUCAACAAUCUCUUUAAGAAAUGUUAACAUGAGACCCGAUGAGGUUUCCAUACUUUGGUUUAUCAAGCAGGAAGUUGACAUCACAUGGAGCGGUUGCUGUGAUCCUUCAUCCAGCAUGUUUGGUGGUAGGAAGGAGAUUGUUAUCAGGCAGUGAAGCCUUUAUGUUACAUUGCCCACACAGAUUAAUCCUAGAUAACCCAUCCUCAUCGCAGAAUCUUGUUGGGAUUCAAGACAUACAGAGUUUCUUCAGGAUCACACGGCUCUUUGUUUCCAUAUGAGAGUACUUAAUUUCAGCUAAGGACUAGUCUUUAAAUAAGCAGAAUAAUGAAGGACAAAGGAAAGCAGAGGGGGUCCACCAACACACCCAAGCAGAUGGACACUAACAGGGGUGCAGCCUCACCCUCCACUUCCCUCUUAAGAUACCUGUGUCAGCCCACAGACCCAGCUAACUUGGCCGUUUUGAGGAUUGCCUUUGGUACUCUGAUGAUGAUUGACAUUCCCCAGGAGAGAGGAAUGUCCCAUGCAGACGUUAGGUGGGGUAGGAAAGAUGUCUGCAGGUUCCCUCUUUUCAGUGACCUCAAAGUGGCCCCACUGGAAUGGAUGUAUAUCAUAUAUCUCAUUAUGUUUAUAGGUGCCCUAGGUAUAACUUUAGGACUAUUUUAUCGGAUCAGCUGUCUGCUAUUUAGCUCGACCUACUGGUACAUAAUCCUGUUGGACAAAACAGCAUGGAACAACCACUCCUAUCUGUAUGGCCUGAUGGGAAUUCUUCUAAUGGCAGUAGAUGGUAACCGGUGUUGGUCCUUAGAUGGCCUGAUUAACAGAUCUAUCAACAAUGCACAUGUGCCAUUUUGGAAUUACUUCAUCUGCAGAACACAGAUAUUUCUGGUGUACUUCAUUGCUGGCUUAAAGAAGUUAGACCAGGACUGGAUCACUGGGUAUUCCAUGCAGAAAUUGUCCAGAAACUGGGUGUUUGAUCCAUUUAGGCUUUUAUUGACGGAUGAGCAGAUAGAUUUAUUUAUUGUACACAUGGGAGGCCUGACUAUUGACAUGUUUGGGGGAAUUUUCCUGUUGUUUGACAAAACUAGACCCAUUGCCAUCUUCUUCCUGUCCUCAUUUCAUAUCAUGAACUCCACAAUGUUUUCCAUAGGAAUGUUUCCCUAUGCCAUGCUUGCCACUCUGCCACUGUUCUGUGCUGUUGAUUGGCCAAGGAAAGUUAUUCCCAGACUGCCAAAGUUUUUGAGAGUUCUGUUUUUGACCGAGACAGAAAUCCAACCCAGUUCUCACUGUUUAUAUAGCAAAGAGGAGAUCAAGCCAGAGGGAAAGAAUCUGGAUAAUAAAGUACCUGUUAACUCCCAAUCAGCCCCACCCACCUCUCCCUCACUGGUUCACAGACUUGGAGUCACAUUUACCAUUAUACAUAUUGCUAUACAACUGUUCCUGCCUUAUUCCCAUGGAAUAACAAAGGGGUACAACAACUGGACCAAUGGUCUAUAUGGUUACUCCUGGGAUAUGAUGGUUCAUUCCUGGACAACACAGCAUGUGCGACUCUCCUAUAAGGACAAGAUCUCAGGAAAAGAAGGGUUCCUUGAUCCUGCUGCAUUUGUUGAUGGUGUUGGGAAAAGAUGGAGUAGCCAUGGAGACAUGGUAGUCCAGUAUGCACACUGUGUGGCAGACAUCUUGAAAAAUUACAACAUGUCAGUCGAACUCUAUUUUGACAUUUGGAAAUCAAUGAAUAAAAGAUUUCAACAAAGAAUGUUUGACCCCAGAGUAAAUAUAAUGGAUGUGGAGUGGUCCCCCUUUAAAGAGGUCUCCUUUGCUAUGCCAUUGCUACUUGAUUUAUCACCAUGGAGAUCCAAGUUACAGGAGAUGGAAAAGGAGCUGAUAGAUACCUCUAACUAUACAGAUGUCGUUUUUGUGGCAGAUUUUCCAGGGCUUCAUCUGGAAGCUUUUAUCCAAGAAGAUCUUGGGAACACUAGCAUCACUUUACUAUCGGGGAGUGUUGUGGUGGAGCUUGUGGAGCUAAAAAAGAAUUACAGCCUCAACCCAGGUGAUAAAAUUCAGGUGCCCCCUGGUCAGUUCCACAAAGUUCACACAGUGUCUGAGGAACCUUCCUGUUACAUGUAUAUCUAUAUCAACACUACUUAUGUCGAAAUUAUGGAGAAGGUGGAGACAGUUGAGAAAACAAUGAGUGAGAAAAAUAUAAGUGCAGAAACAGCUAUCAAGAGAAAACUAUCCAGACAGGACCCAUAUGUUGACGAUGUGAGGCAAGAAAUUGAAAGAAGGCACACUGAAGUAAAGGAAAAGACUUUCUUGGAUGGAGUCAAAGAAUUCAUAACCAAAAAAGUAAAGAUGCUCACUAGAAGCUGGACAUUUUUGGUUGGAGCUUUGCAGAGUGUUGUGCUGAGGUCUUCGUUUGAUGAUUUUCUGGACAAAAAAUAUAGUGAAAAUGAAAAGGCUAAUUCUAUCUUACCAGAAACUGUUACCUAGAUUUCUUCUCAGACUGUUCCUCUUGCAAUUA